GGGUACACAUGGACAGCUUCGGUUUUUCUGUUCAUUAACUCUGAGAGGACCUCUGAGUGCCUUGCCUAUCCAUUCAGAAAACAGGACUGAACACAGUUUAUGGCGAGUGAUGCAUGCUGCAAACGUGAGCGAGAGCCAUUGGUGUAUGCGUGUGCUUGUGUUGCGUGUGUGUUUGACUGUAUGAGUGUGUGUGUUUGAAUGUGUGUUGAGAGAGCGAGAGAGAGCAAGAGCGAACGAGAGAGAGAGAGAGAGAGAGAGAGAGAGACGGAUAGACCGAGCCUCUAACACGGAGCAUGCCUCUGCGUCCGGCAGCCGGCAAACAUGAGCCACCGAGCCCUCCACGGCAGGACCAGCAGCAGCAGCAGCACACACACACACACUCACACACACUCACACACCCUCACACACACGCAGCAAACGGCAGCCAGGGGGCCAGCACUGACAGCAGCAGCUCCCGGGAAGAGGACAGUGGCGUUCCCGUUCCUCACGGUGUUCCGGCUUUCCGUCCCGGUGCAGAGCGUAGCAACAGUGCAAGAGCACCCAUGGAGGAGCCAACAGGCAACACGGUGGUCAUCCGCAUUGGAAUCCCAGACUUGCAGCAGACGAAGUGUUUAAAAUUCAAUGUGGAUGCUCCAAUCUGGCUGUCCAAGCAGCGAAUCCUGUGUACUCUCAACCAGAGCCUGAAGGAUGUAUUAAACUAUGGCCUAUUCCAGCCGGCAUACAACGGCAGGGCUGGCAAGUUUCUGGAUGAGGAGAGACGGCUAAGGGAAUACCCCUUCCCAUCCAUUGCUCCUGUACCUUACCUUGAGUUCCGCUAUAAAAGACGUGUCUACACUCAGACCUACCUGGAUGAAAAGCAGUUGUCCAAGCUCCACACUAAGGCAAACCUGAAGAAAUUCAUGGAGUAUGUGCAGCAGAGGAACAUUGAAAAGGUCUCAAGGUUCCUGGAAAAAGGCCUGGACCCUAACUUCCAUGACCCAGACACAGGAGAAUGUCCUCUAACGCUAGCAGCACAGCUGGAGAGCUGUGCAGAGCUCAUCAAGGUGCUGAAAAGUGGAGGGGCACAUCUGGACUUCAGAACAAAAGAUGGGAUUACUGCUCUGCACAAGGCUGUGCGCAGCAAAAACCAUACAGCACUUAUAACGCUGUUGGACUUGGGUGCAUCUCCUGACUAUAAAGACAGCAGGGGGCUAACUCCUCUCUACCACAGUUCGAUGGUAGGAGGAGAUCCCUACUGCUGUGAGCUGCUGCUGCACGAUCAUGCACAGGUCGGCUGUGUGGAUGAGAAUGGCUGGCAGGAGAUACACCAGGCAUGUCGCUAUGGCCAUGUGCAGCAUUUGGAACACCUGCUAUUCUAUGGAGCCGACAUGAGUGCUCAAAAUGCAUCUGGAAACACGGCCCUGCAUGUGUGUGCGCUCUACAACCAGGAGAGCUGUGCACGGGUUCUCCUGUUCCGGGGAGCCAAUAAGGAGAUAAAGAACUACAAUAGCCAGACGGCUUUUCAGGUGGCUAUUAUAGCUGGGAACUUUGACCUGGCAGAAAUCAUUAAGGUCCACAAAGCAUCAGAUGUUGUGCCUUUCAGGGAGUCUCCCUCCUACACCAACCGUCGACGUGUGAUGCCUGGCCCCCUGCCUUCACCCCGUUCCUUACUUCGCUCUGCAAGCGACAACAACCUGAACGGGGACCACGAUCACAUCCAUGCUCAACCAACCAGAGAAGCCCGUGGCCGCCAGGGUCACUCCCCUGUCCCUUCACUACGCAGUCUGCCUGCUUUUGGGCAGCAGCACAGCAGCCUUGGAGAAAGUCGUCAUGGAGAGAUCCCUGACAGCAGUCUCCAGAGUACUGGCAGCUCCAGAUCCUCCCAUUCCCGUUCACCGUCACUACAUCACAUGCAUGAAGAUGACAAACCAGUUCCUAGACGGUCCCACAGCCACGGCUACCCUCAUGGGCAUGGCCCUCGUGGAAGACUCAGCCCUGGCUCUGUGCAGAGAGACCCAAGCCCACCUCAUCACACACCUCCAGCACUGUCAGGCUCCCGCGGGCCCAAACGGAAACUCUACAGUGCCGUCCCAGGACGUACCUUCAUUGUGGUCAAGCCCUACACGCCACAGGGGGAGGGAGAGAUCCAACUCAACCGUGGAGAACGGGUCAAAGACUAUGACUGUAAUGACGUAGAAGAGGAGCAUCCCUAUGAUGAGAUCAGACUGGUGAACAAUGAUUAUCUGGAUUCAGAUGCAGACAGUCCAUGCUGUGAGGAUGCUGAUGAUUACUCUCUUGACAAUGAUGAUGAAUAUGAUGAACAUGAAGUGCUCAGCAUUGGGGAAGGAGGUUUCUGGGAAGGCACAGUCAAAGGGAGGACAGGAUGGUUCCCAGCAGACUGUGUGGAAGAAGUGCAGAUGAGACAAUAUGAUCCACGACUAGAGACACGGGAGGACCGCACUAAGAGACUGUUCAGACACUACACUGUGGGAUCUUACGACAACUUCACCUCAUACAGUGACUAUAUCAUAGAGGAGAAGAAUGCUGUUUUACAGAAGAAAGAAAAUGAGGGGUUUGGUUUUGUCCUGCGGGGAGCCAAAGCUGAGACGCCCAUUGAGGAGUUCACUCCCACCCCGGCGUUCCCUGCCCUUCAGUAUCUAGAGUCUGUUGACGUUGAAGGAGUGGCCUGGAGGGCCGGUCUAAGGACAGGGGACUUCCUCAUUGAGGUAAAUGGGGUGAAUGUUGUGAAGGUGGGCCAUAAGCAGGUGGUAUCCUUGAUCCGGCAAGGGGGCAACAGACUGCUGAUGAAGGUGGUUUCAGUCACUCGCAAACCAGAGACUGAGGAAGUCGUUCGCAAGAAAGCUCCGCCACCACCCAAGAGAGCUCCCAGCACCACCCUGACACUGCGCUCUAAGUCCAUGACCGCUGAGCUGGAGGAACUAGCUUCUGCUCGGAGGAGAAGAGGAGAAAGACUAGAUGAGAUGUUGGCAUCACAGGAGUCUAUGUUGCGUUCUCAGCCCUCUGAGGCAGAUUACAGAGCAGCCACUGUCAAACAACGGCCCACCAGCAGGAGAAUAACCCCAGCAGAGAUCAGUUCACUGUUUGAGAGACAAGGGAUGACUCUACAUGGAGGUCUCCAUCCAGGGAUUGAGAGAGGUCACAUACAACUACCAAAGGGCAUGUCCAGGACCAAAUCUUUUGGUGCCACUGAGGAGGAUCGGCUGUCUGCUCUUGCAGGCGAACACCGAUUUCCCCGCAGUUCCUCUAUGACAGACAGCCUCCGAGACCACUCGCAACCCCACCCUAUCCCUCCCCCUCCACAAACGGCACCUCCUCCUCCUCCUUACUAUCUAGACACUGGUCCUCCCCCAGCUUUCUGCCCCCCUCCACCUCCAUCGAGAACACAGAGUCAGGGCCAUGAGCCUGCAGGACGUUCGAGCUUCAAGCCGUCCUCCUUGGACCUGCCUUACGAGGCCGCUCAGCGGCAGGCCACACACAUUGAGAGACAGAAGAAAGCACGCUCCAUGAUCAUUCUGCAGGAUUCUUCUCAUUUACCUGUUGAACCUACAGAAAUUCCACGUCCUUCUGCUGCUACUCCACCUGAGCGAAUCAAAAGGAAAGGUCGGGUUAUUGACAACCCUUACGCAAACGUGGGUCAGUUUAGCAUUGGACUGUACACACCUACCAAGCCCCAAAGAAAGAAGAGUCCUCUGGUGAAACAGCUACAGGUGGAAGAUGCACAAGAAAAAGCUAGUUUGGCCUUAGCUGCUGCCCACUCGCGAGAGAGCUCACCCUCAGGACGACACCCACUUACCUACGGGCACACACACACCAGCCGUGCAGACUACUACCAGCAGCAGCUGAUGGCUGAGCGAGAGCGUAUGCGUGUUCAAGGAGAGAUGAUGUUUCAGGGCAAGGGCCCCUUUGCCGCUGCAAUUGCUGGAGCUGUAAAGGAUCGUGAGCGUCGCCUAGAAGAACGGAGGAAAUCCACUGUCUUCCUUUCUGUUGGGACCAUGGAGGGGGCAUCUACCACCAGCUCUGAUUCCCCCUCUCUGACUCAGUCUCACUCCAUCGAUGAACGGAUGCUGACACGAGAGCUGGGACAGCUGCCUCCCCCUGCCUUGGCUCUGAGCCCUUCACCUAGUGGGACCACCUUUAUCCAUCCACUUACAGGAAAGCCUCUGGACCCCAAUUCACCACUGGCUCUUGCGCUGGCCGCAAGGGAGAGGGCACUGACCUCCCAGAGCCAGUCCCCUACUAGCAGCCCAGAGCCUCGGACUAAACAAGAGCAAUUAGGCCAGGGUGUAAUAUUCAUUGACACUCAGACCAAAGAGUCUCCACAUGGGGAAGGGACAGCUACAUCUCCCCCUUUUUCACCUAAAAGCGCCAAGGUAGCGGGUUUCGGGGUUGGAUCCUCCGCAGCAUCAAUUUUAUCCCCGCAGCCCACCAAGCCACAGUGGGCUUCAUCUUCGUCACCUGUAUCAUUCCGGCAGGAGAUGGAGGCCAGGAUAGAGGAAAGGAAGGAAGAGAAGAGGUUAGAGGAUAAAAAGAGUAUGUUGAUCAGUAUUAUGGAUACAUCACAGCAGAAAACAGCAGGGCUAAUCAUGGUCCAUGCCACCAGUAAUGGGCAGGCUGUUGGAGUGGAUUCAGAACAAGAGCAGACACCUGCCCCAGCCUCCAUGGAGCCCAGCAAAUCACCAAGUCCACGCGCUAAAUCCCCCAGUCCCAGUGUCGCCCAGCCCCAGACCCAGCUCCAAGUUCAGCGUUCUGCCAGUCCAGUCCAGGAGAAGGGUCUGGCUCAGGGAAGCUCAGAGGAGGAUGUGGAUCCGUACACAGUAACCCUUCCCCCUGCCAUGUUAUCCUCCAGCGAUGAGGAAACAAGAGAGGAGCUACGUAAGAUUGGAGUUGUUCCGCCACCAGAUGAGUUUGCUAAUGGGCUACUGGCACAGGCACAAGGGGCGCCAGUGUCUCCAGCUAAGCCUGCUGUGUCUCCCGCCACCCCUGCAACACCAACGCCACAAACGCCCUCAACCCCAGCAAAGCCAGCUGUGACCCCCACUCAGCCUGCUCAACCCCUGCCUCCACCCAGUGCAGCAGCUGUCUCAGGGAAGCCCUCUGACCCUCUGGAGCCCCCACCGGUGGGUGAGUCUGGCUCUGCGGCUGACUCAGGCGUGGAGGAAGCUGACACGCGCAGCUCCAGCGAGAGAGAGCGAGACCACCAUCUCGAGACCACCAGCACCGUCUCCACGGUUUCCAGCAUGUCCACAUUGUCCUCAGAAAGCGGCGAGCCUGCCGACACACACACCACGCACACCUCCUAUGCCGACGGGCAGACAUUUGUGCUCGACAAGCCGCCAGUGCCUCCUAAGCCCCGACUAAAAUCCCAGAUAGGAGGCAGUAAAGGCCCCGUCACUUUCAGGGACCCUCUGCUGAAGCAGAGCUCUGACAGCGAGCUGCUAUCACAGCAGCAGGCUGCUGCCCUGGCUGCUGCUGCAGCUGGAGGAGCUGGGCUCCCCCCAGGUGGUUCAGCCUCAGUUACUGGUCUAGCCCCCACCAAGCCACGCUACCUCUUCCAGAGGAGGUCCAAGCUAUGGGGAGACCCAGUGGAGCCCCGUGGCCCAGGAGUGGGGCUAGGUAUUGGGAGUUUGGGAAAUCUUGGUGGGCUGGGACUGGGGCUGGGUGCAGAUGAGGGAGCAAAACCAUCUGUUAUGGGAGAGCUCAGUUCACGACUACAGCAGCUAAAUAAAGACACCAGAUCACUAGGAGAGGAACCUCUGGGAGCAUCACUUGAUCCAGGAAGGAAGUCACCUGUGGCAGGUGCCAGACUUUUCAGCAGCCUAGGUGAGCUCCACACCAUCUCUCAAAGAAGUUAUGGAACCACAUACACCAUCCGCCCUGGCAGUCGCUACCCCAUCACCCGACGCACCCCUAGCCCAGGUUCAGGCUCACCUGAUCGGGGUGACCCUCUCGGACGAUUCUCAGGCUACGGCCUACCAACCUCACCAACCACACCGCCACAAACUAUCCUCAAAUCCUCGAGCCUCAGCCUACCCCAGGAGCCAAAGGAGGUCCGCUUUGUAAUGAGGAGCUCCAGCGCCCGUUCCCGCUCUCGCUCCCCGUCCCCGUCACCUUCCCAUUCACCUGGGUUAGGUUCACCACUUUUAGCUCUACGACCCUUUCACCAAAAACCCCUCCACCUCUGGAACAAGUAUGAUGUUGGAGACUGGUUGGAGAGCAUCAACCUGGGGGAGCACAGAGCAGGGUUUCAGGAACAUGAGAUCGAAGGUUCUCACCUCCCUGCUCUAACCAAGGAUGACUUUGCAGAGCUGGGAGUGACACGAGUCGGACACCGCAUGAACAUUGAGCGAGCACUGAAACAGCUGCUGGAGAGCUGACCCCUGCCCUGAGACACAGCCACAGAUGGAGAUCGGUGAAGACAGACAGAAGAUUCGGAGCUGAGGAAAAUAAGCGAUGCGAUAGGGGCCGCUCCUCUUUUACUCCAGCUGCUUUUAUGUUCGGCAUCACAAAUGUUGACCUGCAGCUCUUAGGCACACUCUGUUUCCGUUCUGCAUUAACACCCUGCACUUGGCAAUGCACUGAAGAGGAGGAGUCGAUACAUUCAUUUUUCUUCUUGCCCACCACCCUGCUUUUGUGGCCAAUUAAAUCAGACCCAAAAUGAUAUUUGGCAUUUUUAUUUAUUUAUUUUUUGCUAAGACGAGCCAGACGAGCUCCAAUUAGAACAUUUGAUUUGUGAAAGGUUCACUUGUUUCCUUAGUAACAUCCCCACUUUCUCGCUCCCUCCUCUCCUUUCUACCUCCCCUCCCAAAUAACCCCCCCAGGUCCCUCUAUUAGGCUGCUGAAAGCCUUCUUGCAGUUCGAGUAAAGGAGGAGGAGGAGGAGGAGGCAGAAUUUUUUGUUCCACACAGAAAGCUCAGUUGCCUUUCAAAAUAUUUAUACAGAGAUCAACAGCAAUGAACACAGUGCUACGGACACACAGCCCUGAAAAAGGUGUGUCUUCUGAAUACGUGCUGUUUUUAAACCGAAGACUUUAGAGCCCAGAGUCGGAGCUCCACAAAGUAAACCGUGGGAGAAAACCCCCUCUGCCUUGGUACCCAGACUGUGCUAUUUAUUAUAUUUGGAGAAUGUUUAACCAACACUCGUGGCUUUUUUUCAUAAUCAGUUUCUUUUUUUGGUUUUCCAAAGGGAAUAUUAUAUAUAGGUAUUAUAUAAUAUAUACAUAUAUAUAUAUGUAUUUAAAUAUAGCUUUCAGGAGAAAAGACAAUGUUGCAAAGAGGAAAUAUAAUAAAUUAAUCUGCACCUGUUUUUUUGGUUUUUAGUAUAGAAGGCAGAGAGAAAUCUUUAAAUCUAUUCCACUAAUAGUUUACUCAUUUCUACCAAUUAUAUACAUACUUAUAUAUAUAUAUAUGUACAUAUAUAUAAGUAUUCUAUAUAUAUAUAUAUAUUUGAAAGGAAAAAGUAUAUAAAUAUGGAAAUGAAGUUUUUGUCAUAGGUAUCCAACUUUCCUUAUGGUCACUCCUUUUUUGAACCGUAGCAUGACGAGUUGCUUCAUGUUUUUGACAAAGAGUUUGUUGUUUGUUUUUAUUUUCUUACGGUCUUCCUUCAUACUAAAGGGCAUCCCGUAAUGUGAGGCUGAGACCCCAGUUGACACCCAUCCCUACUGCUUCAGCAACAGAUCCCGCUGUCCGUGUAUCCACAAUAACACACCAAGGGCACCGGCCACCUAUGUGCAAGCUGACUGGCUUUAAAGGGGCUCUUCAUCUUAUGCCUGUUUAUCACUCAGGGAUGGAAGUUUGGGGCACCAGCAUGAAGAGGUUGCUUGCUGUUUUACUACUAGAAAUUGAAUUUUUCUUACACUUCAACAGUUAAACACCACCAUAGUCUGUUAGAGAGCUAGUAAAGAUUCCAUCCCUGCCCCUGAUAAUGUUACUUAGACCAGUUUGCACAAGGUCUGGUAUCAAUUUCCAAGCAUGGAAACCUGGAGAAACAAGCUUUAACUGUUCAAAUAAUUUUUAAAAAAAGCUAAUAAUUGUGUUCCUUUACCUGUAUAACCAAUAAAAACUUGCCAUACAAGCUUAAAUGAGCUUGAUGUGUAUGCCCUUCUGAAAUGCCACUGCAGGAAAUGUCUGUAGUUUCUCAGGCUGUGGGGAUGGGAAAGCCUCUGCAAGGUCUUAAAGAAAAUUCAGUAUUUUACAACCUGACAUUAUUGCUGCUUUCCUCGAUCUUUACCAUUUUCUAAGUGAGUAAAAUAUCAUAAACAGAGGGACAGCUACAACUCAAAACAAUAAGGCGCAGGUUGUUUAAAAAAAAACACUGAAUUUUCCUUUAACAAUACAAAUCUACAAUUGUACUCAUGAGUAGCUUCUACUGGCAGCGAGAAACAGUGAGUUUUAUUCACACAACGAAAUGCAUUUUAUAGCUUUUCUCUGACGGGAAGCCAGUAAAUGUCUAUUACCAGUAAAAAAAUAAAACCUCUGUACAUCAGCAGAAUCCAAUCAGUAUGCCAAGGCACUUACACCUGGCGAAAAAGUGCACGCAUGUUUAGUUUCUUUUUCUCACAGUUUGUAAAAGCAGGUGGGGAAUUUAACGGUGUAUGUGGGUUGUAGGAAUAGCACUCACUGCCUCGCUGUGACCUCACUGAUUAUUCUUUUAUUUUUGACGUAGAUGUCACGUCCUCAGACUCAUUUGAACACUUCUUUUUUUAAAAUUGUUCUUAUCAGUUCUUCUUUUGUCGUUUGAUUUGUUACCCUCGGACACUGUGGGUAGAUUUUGUAGCGUGUGGAUCAUGACUCAUCUGAAUUUUAGAGUGACUGAAAAAGAGCAGAAAAAAAAUCUCCUGUCCAUUCUAAACAUACUUACACUUGUAAAAAUAAACAAACUACAAAUAUUUGCUUUUUUUAAUCACAAGCAAUGUAUAUAUAAUAGAUUUCAUAUAAAUUUUUGAAAAACAAAAAGUAUAUAGAUCUAUAUAUGAAUGUUUGGCAUAUAUGCAUAGUUAACCACCUGUGAAAAAAAGGUGAGCAGAUUUUAUUCUUUCUAUGAACUCUUGAACUUUUGAACUCUGAACUAUGAACUAGGGGAUGAUUUGCACAAAACAAGGUGACAAGGUGCUAACAUAAAAGCCACCCAUCGUCCAAGAGCAUGCGUGCAUCUGGAUUCCCUGAAUCUCUCUGUGUGGUCGUUCUUCUUCACUGUGUGUAUGGCAGUGUGUAUGUGUGCAAUCGCUUAUUUGUUUUCAUUUUUGUGCGUUUGUUUGGGAUUGAAACAAUGAGAAUGCGUGUGACAGUGCGAGAGAGUGAGUGUGAGUGUGUGUGUGUGUGGUUAAUUGUUAGGGUUUACAUCACUGGAGUUGGUCCACUAUAGCCUUACUGUAUUACCAUCAGAUAUUGCCGGCAGUGGCUGUGUCACACAAACACACAUGCUCACAAAACGCACACACAAACAUAAAAAUGCACACAUGCAUUAAUCUUCAUUUCAAAACUCAACAUCAUCGUCCGGCAUUCUUGUUUUGUACUAAGUGACGUCUUCAUAAAGUGGACUGCUCGGCUCAAGAGCAACAAGACAGACUGAGAUUACCACGUUAUUGAUGAACACGGUCACAUUUUAUAUUGCAAGACAACCACAGCUCACCUUGUAACUGUGUAGGCACGGCUUAUGCAGUAUCACUGUUUUGUAAACCCAUUCCCAGAUGGCAUUUGUGCUCUUUACCCUCCACUCUGUCUGGCAGCACUCCUCUUUCCUUUUUCAGACCUUCAGUUUCUGAGUUUUGGAUAUGCUAUAUGAAGUGAUCCAGUGAGGAACAAACAACACAAAGGAAAAAUGUGCCAAAAAGUAAAUAAACUUUUCACUGUAUAUUUGUCUUUGCUUUAGGACUAUCUUAGUUACAGCACUCUAAAGCUGUUAGAUAAUAUGAUAAUAUGGUGCCAUCUCCUGGAAAUCUUGAGAACAGAUGUUUGUUAGAUCCUUCUGUAUUUUCCUGCAGCUGGAAGUACAGUCAUUACUUUUAUUUUUUAAAGAAGUAGUAUAUAUAUAUAUGUAUAUAUAUAUAUAUAUAUAUAUAUAUAUAUAAUCUACUCUCCUCAUAUUAAUUAAUAUCUCUAUUAUUAAAUUAUUGAUUUAAAUGAAAUUUGGAGACAACUGCUUGAUUUACUGUGAUGAAGGGUGAACAUAUGACACAGCCUGGCCUGGUUAGGAGAAUAAGUGCUGUACUAAAUAACUGCUUGGACCGGUGGCUAAGAUUACCACAAAUACAGACUCAAAAUGAGCAAAGUGUAACAGAAGUACACAUCAUUUGGUCAAAUAAUUUCCUUGAAGGAUUAUCUUUGUCUUAUUUUGUAAUCAACAAAGCACAAUCUACAUAGUAUAGGGGCAGCAGCGUGAACUUUUUUAAAAACCCACUGGAGUCCAGUGACCAAAUGGAACCAGUGAUCUUAUCAUCAAAAGGGUUUUUUUUUUCUUUCAUUGUCAGUUUUCUCCUUGUUUGCACUGUGAAGUUUAGAUUGGUGGAUGUAUCACUGCAACACCUCAGCCUUGUCUCACGGGUUAAGCUUCCCCUUAUUGGCAUCAAAUGACCAGAAAACUCAUCUGCAAUUAUUCUCCCUUUGCACACUUAAAAGUAUUCAUAUAAAAGUCCCUCUGCAUUUUAAUACACAAAAUCCCGUGUACAAAUAUGAGUUAACCAGAAGCUACCUAGUAUUCCUCAUGCAGAGUAAGGGAGAUAGUAAAGGUUUGAGGCAAGAUCUGAGAUGUUGCCCAGGAUAUCUCCACCACAGAGAUAUAUGUUUGUUAUAUUAUGUAAUAAAUUUAUAAUUAAAA